GUCCUGGGAGGGCCUGGGGGGCGCGCGCUGAUUGGCGGCGCAGGCCGGCGCGCGGGCUACGGCGGCCGGCAGGGGGCGUGGCGAGUGUUGGCCUAGGGCGCGGAGGCGGGGCUGCGGGCUGCGGGCUCGGCAAGUCCGGCGGGCCACGACUUGGUCUCCGCAGGGUGUGGGCUGAGGCCAUGGGUGACCGCAGCGGCGCGGGCGGCUCCCGGCGCCGGAGGACUGGGUCGCGGCCCACGAGCCAGGGCGGCGGCGGUCCCGCGGGGGCGGACGACGAAGUGGGGGACGCGGGCGCAGGCGGGGACGCGGCGGCUCUGGCAUCGGCCAAGGACAAGAACAGAGAUGCCGACGUAGGUAGCGGCUACUGGGACCUGAGGUGCCACCGCCUGCAGGACUCUUUGUUCAGCUCUGAUAGUGGCUUCAGCAACUACCGUGGUGUCCUGAACUGGUGUGUGGUGAUGCUGAUCUUGAGCAAUGCGCGGUUAUUUCUGGAGAAUCUCAUCAAGUAUGGGAUCCUGGUGGACCCCAUCCAGGUGGUGUCCCUGUUCCUGAAGGACCCCUACAGCUGGCCUGCCCUUUGCCUGGUUAUUGUGGCCAACGUCUUUGCUGUGGCUGCAUUCCAGGUAGAGAAGCGCCUGGCGGUGGGUGCCCUGACGGAGCAGGCGGGGCUGCUGCUGCAUGUGGUCAACCUCACCACCGUUCUCUGCUUCCCCGCGGCCGUGGCCUUGCUGCUCGAGUCCAUCACUCCAGUGGGCUCCGUGCUGGCUCUGACGGUGCACACCAUCCUCUUCCUCAAGCUCGUCUCCUACCGGGACGUCAACCUGUGGUGCCGAGAGCGCCGGGCCAAGGCCACAGCUGCUUCUGGAAGCAAGGCCAAUGGGGGAGCUGCGCUGUGUGCUGUGAGCUAUCCUGACAACCUGACCUACCACGAUCUGUACUACUUCCUCUUUGCGCCUACUCUGUGCUACGAGCUCAACUUCCCCCGCUCCCCUCGCAUCCGUAAGCGCUUCCUGCUACGGCGGCUCCUGGAGAUGCUGUUCUUCACCCAGCUCCAGGUGGGGCUGAUCCAGCAGUGGAUGGUCCCCACCAUCCAGAACUCCAUGAAACCUUUCAAGGAUAUGGACUAUUCCCGAAUCAUGGAGCGCCUCCUGAAGCUGGCGGUCCCUAACCACCUCAUCUGGCUCAUCUUCUUCUACUGGCUCUUCCACUCCUGCCUGAAUGCCGUGGCUGAGCUCAUGCAGUUUGGAGACCGGGAAUUCUACAGGGACUGGUGGAACUCGGAGUCCGUCACCUACUUCUGGCAGAACUGGAACAUCCCUGUGCACAAGUGGUGCAUCAGACACUUCUACAAGCCUAUGCUUCGACGGGGCAGCAGUAAGUGGGCAGCCAGAACAGGGGUGUUCCUGGCCUCAGCCUUCUUCCACGAGUACCUGGUGAGCAUUCCACUGCGCAUGUUCCGCCUCUGGGCCUUCACGGGCAUGAUGGCUCAGAUCCCACUGGCCUGGAUAGUGAGCCGCUUCUUCCGAGGCAACUAUGGCAACGCAGCCGUGUGGCUGACGCUCAUCAUCGGGCAGCCGGUAGCUGUGCUGAUGUACGUCCACGACUACUACGUGCUCAACUACGAGGCCCCGCCAGCGGCCUGAGCUGCUCCAGGGCCGCCUGCCUCACUGUGGCCUCACUGCCCAUGGCCAGGGCCGGCCGCUGCCUGGGCCUGGCUGCUGUCUCCUCCUCCUGGCCCCUGGGCAGCCUCUCCGCCCCUAUGGGGCGCCCUCCUGGCUGGCAGGAGGUGCUAGCGCCCUGGGAAUACGUGAUGACCCUACCCAAGGCUCUGAUGGCGUCAAUAAAAGUGCUGUUGUGAGUGA